UUGCACCAAGCUGCCAUGCAUGGCCAUGGCCCUGUAUUGAAAGUACUGCUGGAGACGGGCCAGGCCGAGGUUGACUCGAGGGACAAUGAUGGCCGGACAGCGCUAAGCUAUGCUGCCGAGUAUGGUUAUCAGCCUAUUGUGAGACUACUGCUAGACACGGGUCAAGCAGAGUGUGACUCGAAAGACAACGCUGGCCGAACACCGCUCAGCUAUGCCGCUGAGAAUGGGUACCGGCAUAUGGUG